CUUAAUUUCAAGCUCCCUGCCACCACAAAAGCUUCUCCUAUUCCUAACCAGUUGAGUUGAGCGGCCAGCUCCUGCUUUUCCCAGCCAUUUGAGGAAUCUUCAUAAAUCACAUGACAAUGAAAGCAAUGGAGCUACCACCUCCCCUGCGGGGUGUCAACUAGGUCCUCCGAAAUGCGACACCGCAGACUCGUUCUCAGUCAACGCAGAUGAAAUUCAAGCGUUAUCUAGCAGCCAACCAAGAGGCGGCGUGGUUUGGCAACUACAUCCGCUAUGGCGAGCUCAAAAAGCUGCUCGUGCAGAUUCUGGAGGCGGGUGCGCCUGUGUAUGUGCCGACCACGUUGUCGCUGACCGCGGGGCAUCAGCCUGGCGCGAAGCCCACUCCCCAGGAGGAGUUCUUCAUUGUGCUGGAGGAGGACGUGAAGCGCAUCAAUGACUUUACCAUGCACAUUGCGGCGGGCCUGCGGGCUCGGCUGCGCGACGUGGUGGUGGGCAUCACCUCGGGAGGGGCCGCGGCCGCGGCGGGGGGCGGGGGCGGCGGAGGCUCCGGCUCCGGCUCCGGCCCCAGCCCUGGGGCCGUCGGGCCGGGUCCAAGCUCCCUAGCAGCAGCAGUAGCAGCAGGCGGCAAUGCCGCAGGCGCAGGUGGCGGCGGGGGCGGCGCGGGGCGGCGGUCCUCCGUGUCCUCCAAUGAGGGGGGGCAGGCGGCGCUGUCGGAGCCGGCGGUGCGGGAGCGCUGGCUGGCCAUUGCGCGGCGGCUGGGGGAGGAGUACCUGAGGCUGGAGAAGUACGUGAACCUGAACUACGCGGGUCUGCAGAAGAUUCUGAAGAAGCACGACAAGCUCAUUCCCUCCGCGCCCUGCUGGCAGUUCUACAAGCUGCACAUCAACCGGCAGCCCUGGGUGCGGGGUGAUUACCACGACAUCCAGGUAACGCUGUCGCGCAUCUUCUCCCAGCUCCACGCCGCCUCCGUCGCAUCCGCCGGCGGCCCCAGCGGCUCGGCCGCCGCCGCCGCCGCCGCCCAGGCCGCCGCCGCCGCCGCCCGGCAGGUUGGCAUCUACAACGCCUCCCACCGGGAGUUCACCAAGCACACCUACUGGGUUCGUGCCGAGGACGUGGCGGCGGUCAAGCACGUGAUCAUGCAGCACAUGGCUCUGGCGCCGCCGCCAACCAACGCCGCCGCCGCCUCGCCCAACUCCGCCGCCGGCGGCGCGGCGGCGCUGUGGGCCGAGUGUGACUCGGCCAGCCGCGACCUGGUGAAUGUGAUGUUCCUGGACAACCCCUCCCUGGAGCUGUACCACAACCUGCUAUACGGCAGGCCCAACGCCACGGUGCUGCAGCUGCGCUGGUACGGCAGCCGCCUGCCCGACACCGUGGACAUCAUACGACAGGUGCACCACGAGGGCUGGCGGCCCGAGGAGUGCGAGGCAGACAGCUUCCCCAUCCAGGAGACCCGGGUGUCUGACUUCCUGAACGGGCGGUGGACGUGGGCGGACGCGCGCAAGCUGCUGAUGCCCGAGGAGGCCAGGGAGGGCUCAGCAGGCGGCUCGGCGCAUGUGCCGCUCAGCCGCCGGGAUCGGCUGGCCUCCUACCACUCCUCGGCCCUCACCAGCAGCGCCGACCCCACCAAGCUGGCACAGGAGUAUGCUCUGUUCAAGACGUUCACGGAGGUGGCCCGCCUGGUGGAGAGCAAGGGGCUGCAGCCCAUGGUGCAGGUCCGCUUCCGUCAGACUCGCUUCCGCUCGCCCUGUGACGAGCUGGGCAUGUCCGCCCUGCUGGAGGAGGACGUGCAGAUGCUGCUGGAGUAUGCGUACGACACUUCCACCCGGCUCACACACGGGCUGUGGCGCCAGGAGCACCCCGCGGACGCCAUCGAGUUCCCCUACGCCGUGCUCAAGUUCCUGAGGCCGGAGCUGGAGGAGGAGACUCCGGCCUGGCUGCCGGCGCUGCUGUCCAGCGGGCUGCUGCGGCCGAUGGACGACUUCUCCAAGUUCCUGCACGGCUGCGCCGGACUACUCCCGGACAUGGUGCGGGCGGUGCCCCAGUGGAUCGACGACGAGGCUGUCCAAAAGUCGCUGUACGCCAACGUGGUCGCCAACGAGGACCUGCAGGACCUGCUGCGCGCCGGCCACAACGUGGUGGCUGAGCUGGAGGAGGGUGUGCUGGAGCAGGCGGCGGCCAAGGAGAAGGCCAAGGAGAAGGCGUUGAAGGAGAAGGCGAAAGGCCGCGUGAGCAACCUGGCGAGCAAGCUGGGAUGGGGCAAGAAGGGCGACGGCGGGGACACGAAAGGCCGCGGUGGCGGUGGCGCAGACACGACCAGCAAGCGCAGUGGAGCAGCUGGAGCGGCAGCUGCAGACGCUGGCAGUAGCAGCGCGGCUGCUGCAGCAGUAGCAGGGCCGGCAGCAGCAGCGGUGCUGGGGCCGGAGAUAGGGGUGGUGGAGGGUCAGGGGGUGCUGGGGAUGCUGGGUCGGUGGGCCGGGGGCCGGGGCCCGCCGCAGCGGACGGUGUCCAUGCCCAUCUCGCACACGGGCAGCGGACUCAAGCUUCCUGCAGCAGCUGCUGCUACAGCUGGAGCGGCUGCGGCUACUGCCACCGGUGGCGCAGCAGGGCCAUCGGGGCACGGCGGCGGGGCUGCGGCGGGCGGGGAGUGGCACGUGUGUCCUGACACAACCGAGCGACUGGACAGCGAGAGCCCCGUGAUCCCGCUUCUACACCGCCUGCAGCACUCCGGCUCGGGCCGUGUGGCGGCGGCGGCGGCAGGCGCCUCAGGCAGUGGGCCUGCGGGCGCGGGUCAGGGCUGGCAGGCCAAGCUGCUACAGCGCCAGGCGUUUCAGGGGCGUGCCUACGCGCCCCAGCUCAUGUUUGUGGACCCCAGCCAGUUCCUGCGCAAUGAGCGCGUGUUCCUGAUGUGGCUCCGGACAGCCAUAACCGUGGGCGGCGUGGCCACAGUCAUGCUGGGCUUCUCCGCCACUGCCCACACCGACCCCACCGAGGACCCCACCAUUCACAUCGGCGAGACCACCGCCUUCGUGCUCAUGGCCACUUCCAUCGCGCUGGCGGCGUACGGGCUGAGCGCCUUCGUGUGGCGCAGCAGCCGCUUCUACGAACUGGCGCCCACGCGCUUCGACGACACCACUGGCGCUCUGGCCAUGACCGCGGCCGUGACGCUGGCGCUGUUUGGGCUCAUGGUGUGCAACGUGGCGGAUCUGAUGGAGGUGCUGGGCGGAGGGGCGGCGGAUGGAGGAGGGGGAGAUGGUGGUGGAGGAGGAGCAGGGGCACAGGCAUUCCUUGCGGUGCUGGCAGUAGGAGGCGGAGAUGGGGGAGGAGGAGGAGAUGGGGGAGGAGGAGGGGAAGCGGGGCCGGCGCUGUGGCGGCGGCUGGGGAGAGCGUGAUAUGGUGCGGGCGCUUGUGGUUUUGAGGGGGGACUUGGCUGGCGUGAGCACUGGCUGAUGGUACGUGUGUGAAGAGAUAAGGCACUGCAGGAGAGUACGGUAUUCAAGAGUUUCGCCCAACUGGUCAAGUGAUGAUGAGUAGAGGUAACAGAAACCGGAAUGCGUGGCGUAGAUGAUGAACAUGUAAAAUGGCUGCCGG